AUGAGCCACACCAAGCAUGCGGUUCUGAAAGAGCUGAAGAUUGAUGGAGAUUCCCAAGCUUCCUCAGCAGACAUUCUAAAUUAUUUGUUGAAAACGAAACGGUUGUCUGAAGACACUGUCCGAUUGGCAGUGGAAAAAGUCUCUCAGAAGACGGCCUCCAAUCCGCCAAACACGUCACCACCAAGGAAUACUCAUGCUCCAGCGAUAGAGCAACGCACUCGCCAUGUUGCGCUUCGGUUUUAUUACGAUGGAGCUGACUACAAUGGUUUAUCCCAGAAUUUGGGACAGGAUACCGACAAUUCCAUUGAAAAGGAACUCUUUCAGGCACUCAUCAAAGCACGGUUGGUGGAUUCCAGAGACUCCUGUGGGUACUCUCGGUGUGGACGCACAGAUCGGGGUGUAAGUUCCGUUGGACAAGUUGUGGCCCUUCGACUCAAGAGUAGCAUUCCUGCAUAUGCGACCUUUGACCAAGAGGGUACCAAGCCAGUUCCAAACGAGGAGUUGCCAAAGAACGAGUUUUCAAAGAUUAGCGCUUGGGUUUACCCAAGGAAGAAGAAACAAGUGGACACUUCAGCCCCACGGGUUCAGAAAGAGAUUGCAGAAUAUGCCUACUCGAAGAUCUUGAACAAUCUUCUUCCUGUAAAGAUUCGAAUUCUUGGAUGGUCACCGGUGUCCGACGAGUUUUCUGCUCGGUUCUCUUGCAGUUCAAGAACCUACCGAUACUUCUUUGCCAAACGACAAAUGAAUCUAGAAAGAAUACGAGAAGGCCUCGCCUUCAUGGUUGGAAAGCAUGACUUUAGAAACUUUUGCAAGAUGGAUGUGGAGAAGGUGUACAAUUUUGAGCGCCAUAUCUAUGAUGCAAAACUAGCGGAACUUGGGAACGGCAUUUGCUAUGUUCAAAUUCACGGGCAGGCGUUUCUAUGGCAUCAGAUUCGAUACAUAAUGGCAGUCCUUUUCAUGAUUGGAAGAGGACUGGAAAAGGCAGAUAUCGUUCCAGAACUACUCAAUGUGACAAAGUAUCCUGGAAAACCUAGCUAUCGACUCGCAGAAGACACACCAUUGGUUCUACACGAUUGCGGCUAUCCCAACCUUAAGAUUGGUUAUUCUGUACCAAAUCUCUGGACGACGACUUGCCAACUGGAGAAAGAAUGGGAAGACUUGAUGUUGGCUGCCAAUCAGAUUCGUAAUUGUCUGGAUAGCUUACGAGAUGUCGAAGUGCAAAAGGCAGACGUUGAAGACUUUGCCAAGAAUAGAGCAGCUGAACGCCAGAAGAAAUUGGAGCGUGUAGGCAAGAGCUACUCUGGAGGUAAUGAGAGUACCCUUGACUGGGACCAGUUGAGUGACUCUCCCCUCGUCAAAUGGGAAGAGGCCCUCUUGUGGAUGGACAACAGAAUGGGCCUAGUUGCAGAUCCUGGUGCACUCGACACCCAUAUUCAUAUUCCUCUAAUGAGUCGAUCCUUUGGGACGACCUAUGAAGAAAAGCUGGAGCAGCUCAAGUUGAAUGAUAGAAAACGAAAGAAAUACGAGGAUGGAGUCGUAAAGAAACGACUGGCUACAGAAGAAGACAAGAGAUUUUAUCAACACAUGGCGCGACAAGGUGGAGCAGGCAUUUAG